AAAACAGCUGAUCGAAAGCCAUGUCGUGAGACACUAUUUUUCGAGUUGGAUUAAAGCCUUUUAAUGUAUGUACUUCGCAUGACGCCAAAUUUUCUUGGAUUCAGAGUUCCUGAAAGUCUAGAGUCUGACAGAAAAGUGACAUUAUUAAUUGUUCUGCAAGGAGGGAGUUCCAGCAAGUUAAUUCAAAACCACGUCAUGAAUGAACACAGUGUUUUGUGUCCACUGUUUUUAAUGAAUGGCUGCUAUCAUGGAGGACACGGGAUUAGGUAUGGGAGUUCCUGACAACACAGUUGAAUUCCUUACCGUCAAGGAAGAGAAUAUUGAAGAUAUCAGUGAAGAGAAUGACCUUAAACUAAAAGAAGUCAUCAAGGAUAUUGAGGAAGUGAAUGCAAUUUAUAUCAAGACAGAAUAUGAGGUAAAUACAAGUAAUGAAAGUCCAAUUCAAGAAGAAAUCAACAAUCUGAAGGAAGCAGUUUCAAAUGGCUCAGAUGUUUUGAUGUGUGAAGAGGAAGAUCCAUUGCUCUUGACAGAGCCAUUUCCUUCUGAGGUCUCUAGGGACUGCUGCUCACCAGACCAGACAUUCCAUAAGAAAGGCAGUGAUGAGGAAUUGCACAAAAGGCCAGAUGCAAAAGAGAAACGUUUCAUUUGUGAGAUCUGUAACAAGAAAUUCACUCGCAGGAGUAUGCUUUUAGUUCACAUUAGAGUACAUACAAGAGAAAAGCCCUAUAGUUGUGAUGUUUGCAACAAGGGCUUCUCUCAGAAAUAUCACUUGGUGGAACAUGUGAGAAUCCAUACGAAAGAGAAGCCUUAUACCUGUGAUAUAUGUUCUAAACCUUUCAGUGUGAGAAGCAAUCUUGUGAAACACAUGAGAGUGCAUACAAAGGAGAAACCAUUUAGUUGUGAUAUGUGCAAUAGAGCUUUCUCUGAGAAAGCUGCUCUGGUAAGACAUGUGAGAGUACAUACAAAAGAGAAGCCAUUUAGUUGUGCGAGAUGUAGUAGACAAUUCUCUGAGAAAAGUAACCUAAUGAAGCACUUGCGAGUGCACAUGCGAGUGCCUGAUAAGUAUGGAAAGAUAGGAAAAGGCAUUCCCCAUUGAAUAUAAAAUUUGUUGAUAGUUAUACUUAUGUAUAUAUUUCAGAUAUCUAGGUUGAUAUCUUUGUACUGAGUUAAAGUUUAAUUGUAGUUGCAUUAGAAACAAGUUCUUUUGCAGUUUCUACUCGCCCCCC